ACCUUCCCCUUGCCCUGAGUGCUCCGCCUCUCUCACAAGACUCGCUGGAUCGCUUGCCAUCUGUUUCUCCCUAGCCAUAUCCGAGCUUGCAGGAACGGUGCUCGCUCCAGCUACAGUACUUCCUUUUCUUUUUCCUUUUCCUUUUUUUAUUCUAAGCCAGCCUUCUCUUCUGAAAUCGGGGCAUCACAUUUUAUUCGGGGACUAUAGGCUCCCUCUUGUUCCCCGUGAUUCGUAGGUAAAUGCGGGGGAAUUUUUGUGGUGACCCGGAAGGUUGGUAGCAGAAAUGCGUUCCCUUUCAAUUCUCGGGAGCAAUAACGCGUCUAUUUAUCCUUGCCCCAAAUUUUGCACCUCCUUUUCCGCCGUAUUUCGUGAUUCUUGUUUGUUUUUUUUCCCCCUGAGCUGACUUCGGCUGUUUUGCGACUUUGGAGGAUGGGGUCCCAUCUCCCCUAAUGGACGGAGCGACUUCACGCCUUGUUUUCUGGAUUCGAUGAUCGAUGGAGUCAGCUUGGGGGUCAUCUUUUUCGGGGCUCUUCAGGUGUAUUGGCUUUCACGGCAGAAGCCGGUGGGUUCGGUCAGGGAUUGGAGCUAUACUUUGAAAUUGGUGAGUUGUUUGUGGCUUCCGCAGUACGAGCCUUCGGGUGCCUUAUGUUGAGGGGGGGGGGAGGUCUGCUUACAGGAUACAACGUCUGCAGGUUUUGGUUGCAAGUGCAAUUGCGGCUUCGGCAUUGCUCGCUUCGUUGCAGGUCGAAUACUCCGAUUCAUGGUUUUACGAUAUUCGGUUUUGGUCGCCGAUUCUCUCCUGUGUUGGUCUCGGGGUGGCCUUUGCCGUUCACUACUUGGAGCACGACCGAUCUUGGGUCCCUAAUGGAGUUCUGCUCUUCUACUGGCUGCUGUUCAUCGUCGUGCAUGGUGUCGAGCUUCGGUCUUCUGUGGACCUGCACGAUCACAAACACCGGCUUCCCCGGCUGAUCGUGGUGGCAUGCGUUGAGGGUGUGGGGAUCUUUGUCUUCCUUUUGCAAUUGAUGGUUCCGAGGAAGAAGGGUCCAUACGCGCUCAUUGGUGAAGAUGAGGUGGAAAACGAAUGCCCUAGCGAGACGGCAAAUGUCUUUUCGAGACUUACAUUUGAGUGGAUGACGGUGAUGAUGAAGCAAGGGUAUCAUAAGUUUUUGACCGAGGAGGAUCUCUGGAAUCUUCGUAAGAUCGACACAACCCGCGCUACGGGAGAUCAAUUCACCGAAGCGUGGGAGAAGGAGCUUCAGAAGGAGAAGCCGAGCAUUUGGAUUGCAUUGCUUAGAGCCUUUGGUGCCCCUUAUGGCCGUGGUUCUCUCUACAAGAUCGGGAAUGAUGUCCUGGCUUUUGUCCAACCGCAACUUUUGAGGUUGUUGAUAGCAUUUGUAUCGUCUCACAAUUCCAAUAGUCCUCAACCGGUCGUCCGAGGAGUUGCCAUUGCCUUUGCCAUGUUUGGCUCAAGUGUUGUUCAAACUCUAUGUUUGCACCAGUACUUCCAACACGCUUUCGAAACGGGUAUGAGGAUCAAGAGCAGCUUGACGGCAGCCAUAUAUAAAAAGAGUAUGCGUCUAUCGAACGAGGGGCGGGCCUCAAAAACCACCGGUGACAUUGUAAACUUACAAGCUGUUGAUACCCAGCGACUACAGGGUAAACUCUGAUUUUACUCAAUCAUAUCAUAUCACGCAAUCCACUGACGGAUAUAUGCACACACAGAUAUCACCCAGUAUGGGCAGCAACUAUGGAGUGCACCUUUCCAGAUCACUCUUUGCAUGAUUUCCCUUUAUCAGCUUUUGGGACCCAGCAUGUUUGCCGGAAUUGCGGCGAUGCUGGUCAUGAUUCCGGUUAAUGGAAUCAUUGCCCGUCUUAUGAAAACGCUACAGAAAGCUCAGAUGAAGAAUAAGGACUCUCGAACUAGAUUGAUGACUGAGAUUCUGAACAACAUGAAGAGUAUCAAGCUUUACGGAUGGAGCUCUCCUUUCAUGGCCAAAUUAGACCAUGUUAGGAAUGAUCUAGAGUUGCAUACCCUUCGGAAGAUUGGCGUCGCGCAGGCGUUCGCCAGUUUUACUUGGUCCAGCACGCCAUUUCUGGUAUCUUGUAUGUGCCACCGAUAGUCGAAAUUGACCAUAUUUGCCAGACACUAACUAUCACUCGAUUUUAGGCUCUACAUUUGCUGUUUUUGUCUGGACUCAAGAUGAGCCCUUGACUACAGAUAUUGUCUUCCCAGCAUUGACCUUGUUCAAUUUACUCACCUUCCCUCUUUCGGUCCUCCCUAUGGUGAUUACAGCUGUUGUCGAGGCCAGCGUUGCUGUCGAACGUAUCACUUCAUUCUUAACAGCUGAGGAACUUCAGCCGGAUGCUGUGAUUCACGAGCCACCAGUUCUUGAAACGGGCGAAGAGACUCUUAGCAUCACUGAUGCAACAUUCGCCUGGAAUCGUGCAGAGGCUGGUAAGAGCGCCCUGAAGAAUAUCGACUUUACGGCCAAGAAGGGUGAGCUCAAUUGCAUUGUGGGGCGAGUCGGUGCCGGGAAAUCCAGCUUUCUCCAAGCGAUUCUCGGAGAUUUGUGGAAAGUGUCGGGCAAAGUCGUCGUGAGAGGAUCUACUGCUUAUGUCGCCCAGUCAGCAUGGAUCAUGAAUGCUUCCGUUAGGGAUAACAUCGUGUUUGGGCACCGCUAUAAUCCGGAGUUUUACCAGGCCACCGUCAGAGCUUGUGCACUUCUCGAGGACUUUGAUGCCCUACCCGAUGGAGAUGAGACAGAAGUUGGCGAGAAGGGAAUCUCUUUGUCCGGGGGUCAGAAGGCUCGUUUGACUCUCGCUCGUGCCGUCUACGCUCGUGCCGAUGUUUACCUUUUGGACGAUCCCCUUUCUGCCGUUGACCAGCAUGUCGGAAGGCACCUUAUCGAUAAUGUUCUUGGCCCUAAGGGUCUUUUGGCCGGAAAGACCAGAAUUUUGGCAACGAACUCGAUCCCGGUAUUGAUGGAAGCAGAUUAUAUCCAUCUUCUUGUUGCGGGUGAGAUAGCCGAGACCGGCGCCUACAACACUGUCAUGGCCAUGAAAGGUGGAAUAUAUAACAUCGUCCGUCAUCUCAAGGAAGCUCGAGAACAGGAUCAGAGUGACAAAGAUAGCGAUAGAUCGUCAACUGUUGUUGGUACCGGUGCUACUUCCGCAUUGGAAAUCUCGAGUGAAGAGGAUGAGGUUCCGGAUACCGACGGCAGAACUAUUGGCCCCGAAAUGAGGAAAUCUAGGCGUAUCUCUUUGAGAAGGGCAUCCGCGGCGAGUUUCAAGAAGGGCAGACGCAGGAUCGUAGACAUUGAGGAGAACCGCAUCAAGAGAACAACACAAGGCAAAGAAUUUUCGGAGAAGGGAAAGGUCAAGUGGAGUGUCUACGGGGAAUAUGCAAAAGCCAGCAACCUCUUUGCUGUUACGAUAUACCUUCUCGCUCUGGUCUGUUCACAGGUUGUUUCUGUUGGGGGAAAUGUAUGGCUCAAGACAUGGUCCGAAGCGAACAGCGAGAGCCAUACGAACGACCACGUUGGCAAGUAUCUCGGCAUUUACUUCGCCCUUGGAAUCGGCGCAGCUGCCCUCGUAGUCUUUCAUACGUUGAUUCUUUGGAUUUUUUGCGCUAUCGAGGUUGGAUUUCCCAUCUUCUGUAGUGAUCGCUACAUCGCUAACAAAUAGGUUAUAGGCUGCUAGGAAGUUGCACAAUAAGAUGGCAGUUGCUAUAUUCCGAAGCCCAAUGCAGUUUUUUGAAACCACGCCCGCCGGCCGUAUCCUGAAUCGCUUCUCCAGUGAUGUAUGCACCCACUCUUAUUUUCCGAUGCCUCAUCAGUUACUGAUAUAGUAUGUGUUACAGAUUUACAAGAUCGAUGAGGUGCUCUGUCGAAGCUUCAACAUGUUGUUCAGCAAUAGCGCUAGGUCAAUUGCUACGCUUGCCAUCAUCUCUAUAUCCACGCCUCCGUUUAUUGCUCUUGUCAUUCCCCUAGGGGGUCUCUAUCUCUACAUUCAGCGCUAUUACCUACGGACCUCCCGGGAGUUGAAACGAUUGGAUAGUACAUCGCGGAGUCCGGUCUAUGCUCACUUCCAAGAGUCGCUCGGCGGUAUCUCUACCAUUCGGGCUUAUCAACAGCAGUCCAGAUUCAUAGAUGAAAAUGAAUGGAGAGUUGAUGCUAAUCUGCGCGCCUAUUUCCCUUCCAUUAAUGCGAACAGGUGAGCUUUUUUUUUUCUUCUUCUCCCCCCCCCUUCACCGUGCCGAGAUGCUUCAUUGUACAGAACAUUGCUAACUAUCGUCUCGGUUCAGAUGGCUCGCCGUGCGAUUGGAGAUUAUUGGCUCAGUCAUUAUAUUGGGGGCCGCCGGAUUUUCAAUUAUUGCUGUCGCUUCCGGUACCAACCUUUCUGCAGGUAUGGUUGGCUUAUCAAUGUCGUACGCGCUGCAGGUAGGUUUUGAACUUCUCCAUGCGGUUUUACUCGCGAAAAUCACGGCGACCAUAAUGUGACUGAUCAUAUUUUUAUUUUUACCUUACCGCGUAGAUAACUCAAUCACUCAACUGGAUCGUGCGCCAAACUGUCGAGGUUGAGACCAACAUCGUCUCGGUAGAGAGGGUGCUCGAAUAUGCAGCUCUUCCAAGCGAGGCGCCCGAAGUCAUCCCAAGCCAAAGGCCGAGCACGAGCUGGCCCGCAAAUGGGGCCGUAUCCUUCCAUAAUUACUCGACCCGGUACCGCCCCGGUCUAGAUUUGGUUCUUAAAGACAUUAACAUCGACAUUAAGCCCCGGGAAAAGAUUGGGAUUGUGGGUAGGACUGGUGCGGGGAAGAGCUCACUGACCCUUGCGUUAUUCCGAAUUAUUGAACCUGCAAAUGGCAAUAUUAGCGUUGACUCCCUCAACACGUCUGCUAUUGGCCUAAGGGACCUGAGACAACGGUUGGCUAUUAUCCCUCAAGAUGCGUCGCUAUUCGAAGGGACCGUGAGAGACAACUUGGACCCAAGCCAUGUCCACGAUGAUACCGAGCUUUGGACGGUGCUGGAACUCUCCAACCUCAAGGACAAGGUUUCCUCAAUGGACGGCAAGUUGGACGCGCAGGUACACGAGGGCGGAUCUAAUCUUUCCGUGGGCGAGCGGGCCCUAGUAAAUCUUGCACGUGCUCUCCUGACUCCAUCCAAUAUCCUAGUGAUGGACGAAGCAACUGGCAGUAUAGAUGCAAGUACCCCCGUAAUCGGAGGGCUCUCCAUGCUCUUACUCGUCUCCCCACCCCCACAUCUAGACAUUUCAUUUUAGACGUUCUCCACUAACCGAGCGUGAUAGGUCGAGACGGACAACAUGCUACAACGAACCAUAAGUAUGUGUCCCGGAAUUCUCGUGGUUUCGUGGUUCCAGUGAUGCUGAUAAACCCUCCAAUCGAAUAGGAGAUAGAUUCCGCGACAGAACCAUCCUAACAAUUGCCCAUCGUUUGGGUGAGUCGUCGAAAUUCCCUCCCUCCCACUCGAUCCCGGGUAAUAAGAUUUUGUGGGCAGUGCUGACGCUUCUAAAACAGAUACAAUCAUUGACAGGUGAUUUUAAACAUUCCUUCCCAUUAUUUAUACACCGUCUCCCAGAAGGCUUUGCUCUUGCUUUUAUUUUUUUUAUAGGCCAACUAACUCUACCCGUGUUUUAGUGACCGAAUCAUCGUUCUUCAGGCCGGUCGGGUUGCAGAAUUUGAUACCCCGGAAGCCCUGCUCGGCGACAAAAAUUCCUUGUUCUUUGCCCUUGCCAAAGAGGCUGGGCUAACCCAGGCAGGGCCUCCCGGCGAGUUGUCAUCCUGAGCCGUGGUGCACGAGGGAAUACGGUAGAGCAAGUGGGAGUUGAUUGAUUGAUGGCCGUGCGCACAUCUUGAGUGUUUUUUUUUUCCUUUCCCAAUUUCCUACCGGAGAAAAUGAUGUUUUGGUUUUAUACCAUACUCUGUCGUACUAGAGCUGAAUGAAUGUUUUUUUUUUCCUUCCCUGUCCGAAUAUCCGAGUGGUUGAGUUUUCGUUCUUGUUACUUUCCAUGUUAUUCUCCACCUGAUUAUUCAGCUAUUUUUCUUGUGCCAAUGGGAUUCUCAAAAUGGGAUGGGCAAGAGGGGGAGGGGUGGCAGCUCGCCAGCCUUACAAACGAAACUUCCGGCUAAUGAAAUGUUUUUCCCUUUCCCCCCCCUACGCCCCCCCCAUCAUUGCUUUUUUUUUUUCCCUUCCGCCUUUUUCCACUGCGCCGUAGGGUAUCACAGACAAAUGAGCUUGAAUGUAUGUACUCCAGUACCUUUUAGCUAUCAUACUACUUGUAUACUAUACGGUUCACAAUAUCAACCCCCAUUCCCAAGGCG